AAAAAAAAGGAAAAGAAAAAGAAUUAAAAGCAUCAAAGGGACGAGAGACGACGAAGCAUACUCGAUUAUCAUCACCUUGCUAGCUUCGUUCUCUCUCUCUCUCUCAAAAAACCCUAACUUCUCCUGUGAUCGAUCGAGUCCGAUAACUCGCGAUUAUGGCGAAUAGUAAUCUUCCCCGAAGAAUCAUCAAGGAAACUCAACGUCUACUUAGCGAACCUGCUCCUGGGAUAAGUGCAUCUCCAUCAGAGGAAAAUAUGCGGUAUUUCAAUGUUAUGAUUCUCGGUCCUACUCAAUCUCCUUAUGAAGGAGGAGUUUUCAAGUUGGAGCUCUUCUUGCCUGAAGAAUAUCCUAUGGCAGCUCCCAAGGUUAGGUUUCUCACCAAGAUAUACCAUCCUAACAUUGACAAGCUUGGAAGAAUCUGUCUUGACAUACUGAAAGAUAAGUGGAGCCCUGCACUACAAAUACGAACUGUGCUCUUGAGUAUUCAAGCUCUUCUAAGUGCACCCAACCCAGAUGAUCCACUGUCUGAGAACAUAGCUAAGCAUUGGAAAAGUAAUGAAGCCGAAGCUGUGGAAACAGCCAAAGAAUGGACUCGCCUUUACGCAAGUGGUGCUUGAUGAGGAUUGCAAACGGAGAAAGAUCACUGUCAUUUAAAUAACAUUAUAUAUGGUGAAACUCUAUCUCAAGGUUUUAUCUGAAUCCGUUUUUCUUAAAAAGCAGGGGAAAAAGAUUUGUACUCUCCGAAUUUGUAUAACUAGGGGGAUCUAUGACUUGUUUACCCAUAUUUGCAAUCUAACGUUCUUCAAAUGUGCUUUUGCUUGA